ACUGCUCCAGGAGUGUUGUUUCGGCCUGUUCCGCGGCCGCUCGGUCAUUUUCGCCUCUUUGUUGUACUGAUAGUGGAUUUAACUCGGAUUCAACCCAAUAUCCAGCGGACCGUGCUGCUCCCAAACAGGCUCCAAUGAGAGGCUCUCCAUGAUGAGGAGCUAACACUGCCGGCCGCACAACCGCAGGAAGAGACGUGGCUGCUGCACCAUCCACAGUCGACGCAUGGCGGUGUUAGGGCAGAACCCCGACAUGCUGACGAGGAAGAUAAAGCUGUGUCAUAUCAACGCCCACAUCACAUGUCGUCUGUGUGAUGGCUACCUGAUCGAUGCCACCACUGUCACAGAGUGCUUACACACCUUCUGUAGAAGCUGCCUAGUGAAGUAUCUGGAGGAAAACAACACAUGCCCCACAUGUAGGAUUGUUAUUCAUCAGAGCCACCCACUGCAGUACAUCGGCCAUGACAGAACAAUGCAAGACAUUGUCUACAAGUUGGUACCGGGACUUCAAGAGGCGGAGAUAAAGAAGCAGCGGGAGUUCUAUCAGAAGUUGGGGAUGGAGGUGCCUGGAGACAUUAAAGGAGAGCUUUGCAACAUGAAGACGCAUCUAGAUCAACGCAAUGGCGACACAAAAUCUGAGGAGACGGCCAAUAAGGAGGCAGGAGAGGAGAAACCAGAAGAGGACAACGACUAUCACCGAAGCGACGAGCAGGUCAGCAUCUGCUUGGAGUGCAACAGCAGCAAGCUCCGAGGUCUGAAGCGCAAGUGGAUCCGCUGUUCAGCACAAGCCACAGUCCUCCACCUCAAGAAGUUCAUCGCCAAAAAGCUUAACCUGACGUCAUUUAAUGAGCUGGACAUUUUAUGCAACGAGGAAAUCUUGGGGAAGGACCACACUUUGAAAUUUGUUGUUGUGACAAGAUGGAGAUUUAAGAAAUCCCCCCUCCUGCUCCAUUACAGACCCAAGAUGGAUCUGCUGUAGCUAAAUCGGACACAAUGGUUGUUUUUUUUGGCCCAGUGGCCGCAGACUGUGCCGAAACCUUUUAUUUUAUUUAUGCAAAGACGAUCAACCAACACCAAGCAAACGCCCCGACGGUAAAAGUCAUCACAAGCCAGCAAAUCGGCAACUACAAGAAAAACCGGCAACCUCCAGCACGGCACUGCAACACUGGGGUGUUUUUAGGAACUAAAACAACCUUUUUUUUUGUCCGCUACAUCCUAGAUAUGUGAACAACGCGAAAAAGAAACAAAAAAAACUUAUGGAGAGAAAGCAUAUAUUUAUACUUUUGUACAGAAGAGACACAUGGAACCAAGACACUACUGGUGCUCUGUUUACACGCAAACAAGAUGUCGGGAAUCAAGUGACCGUCUUUUUGAGCUUCAUGCAGAUUUCAUCCUCCUGAGACAAUGACUGAGAGGGGAGGAGUUUUCUUUUUUUAUAUAUAUAAAAGUUUUUUGUUUUUUUUUCAAGAAUACACUUGACACGUCUUGGGAGCACAGAAAGUAUAUGGAAAAAGUUAUAUAACAGGCAUCAAUGCUUAGCUGUUUAUCAAGUAAAUUGUCUCUGAAACUUUUUUUUCUUCUUCAUUUUGUCGGCUUUGUCUAAUUUGCUAUUGGGUUCUUGAUGAUUGUCAAUUGUGAAUAGGCUAAAAAAUUUGUGUAGUAAUUUAUGUUCUAUAUACCAAUAUUGUACAUACAAAAUGUCAUUACAGAGAGAGAAAGACAGAGAUUGAAGAGAGUAAGAGAGACUUUAGACUGUUAAAAAAAAAGAGUGGAUCCCAGAAGUGCUAUCUAUAUGCGGGGCGGUAAGUGUCCGGAGGCGAUAAAUUAGGAUUUUUAAAGACAGACUCACUAUCAGUAUCAAAAUAUAUAGAUGCAUCUUUAUGUUGUCUGAGAAAGACACAAAACAAAUAUAUCAAAUACUCUGCCAUUUGUGUGUAUGUGGGAUCAGAGUGUUUUAUUGCUCUCGUAGCAUUAUAAGACGUUAAGCUUCAAAAGAACCCCCCCCCCUCCCCCAUGCUCCCUUUCUUACCUGCCAUCCCUCAAAUACAGCCAGUCUUUUUUCACUUUUUUUUUUUUUACAUCUACAAAUGAUGUCUUUACAAUAGAGUUACACAAAACACUUCAAAGCUGCCCUGCAGGACAUACAAAUGCAAUAUUUAGGCAGAGAACUUCCCACCAUGCAGUCCUUUAAUAUCUAUCAUUGUGUUUCUGAAGCACCAGGCAGGCGCAGCUGUUGGGUGGAGCUGCUAGCAGCAGAUCUUUGCACCCUCCAUAAAUUUCGUUUUCAUUCCGCUACAUUUGCAAAACUCUCUCAAAGCUGCAAUAGAAAUGAUUUGUAACUUGUAAAGUACACAGCAGUCUUACUUGUCUUGCUGUGACAAAUUGAAGCUGCGUCUUAUCCUAUAAUUCUGGCGUGAAGUACGGACAUUUUCUCGCCCACAGUGAAGCCGGUUGACAUUUGUAAGUUAAGUGCAAAAUAUGGUAAACAGCAAGCUUUCUCUUCAGAGCUGGACUUCUUUGGUAUGACACAUCACAGACAGGCCGGUUUGAUAAAAAUGCAGAUUACUGACGUCACAUUGUUGUGUUAACGGGGUAUUUUUCAGUUACUUCUCACUGCCAGUUGGAGUUGCGGAUGUGCAAAGUUGCACUGUUAUAAAAAAAAUCUGAAAGUCAAGUGGAUAUUAUUUUUUGUCAGGAAAUCAGUAUAAAACCUUUGGAUUUCUUUUGCAGGAUAGCCAGUGUUCAAUAUUGUUGACGUCACACAAGACACAAAUUUUCAAGUAUUUUUUUGAGAACUUGCAAAUUCAGGUUUUGCACAGGGAGGUUUUUUGAACAUUUUGAUAAUGAAAUUCUGAA